GUGGUCUAUUAUGGCGGUGGGUGGGGUUUGCUUUUCCCUAUAUUCUGUUCGGUCUUUCGCUGUCGAGCUGCUGUGGGGAUGGCGGGUGAAAAGAAGGAAAAUCCUAUGCGUGAGCUCCGCAUUAGGAAGCUAUGCCUGAAUAUCUGUGUAGGUGAAAGUGGUGACAGACUCACCAGAGCUGCUAAAGUGCUGGAGCAACUCACUGGCCAGACCCCAGUGUUUUCUAAAGCUCGCUAUACUGUGCGAUCAUUUGGGAUUCGAAGAAAUGAGAAGAUUGCUGUUCAUUGCACAAUCCGUGGAGCCAAAGCUGAGGAAAUUUUAGAGAAGGGUCUAAAGGUUCGGGAAUAUGAACUGAGGAAGAGCAACUUCUGUAACACUGGGAACUUUGGCUUUGGGAUCCAGGAACACAUUGACCUGGGCAUCAAAUAUGAUCCUAGUAUUGGAAUUUAUGGCCUGGAUUUCUAUGUGGUGAUGGGGCGGCCUGGUUUCAGCAUUUCUGAUAAAAAGGUGAAAAGGGGACGCAUUGGGUCAAAACACAAAAUUUCCAAGGAGGAAUCAAUGAGGUGGUUUCAGCAGAAAUAUGAUGGUAUUCUCCUGCCUGGAAAGUAAUUUGAAGAGCAAACGAAACAUGUAAUAAAAGCUAUUUGUAACAGUA